UGUCUAUCUCAUUCCCGGGUAAAAUAAACAGAGAUAGCAACAUAAUCCGUGCAAAACUAACGCUGAAAAAUAGGGAGAGAUUGCAAAAAUUAAUUUUAGUUGUUUUGAGCUCAGCGUCCAGUCAGGGUCAGCAGGCAGGAAAUACUAAAUUCUGUGAUAUAAUAAGUUCUAUAUAUUUAAAAAUAAAUCGUCAUGGGUGUAGCUGUACCGCCUGGUGAUGUAGAAAAAGGCAAGAAACUGUUCGUACAAAGAUGUUCCCAAUGCCAUACCGUAGAAGCUGGCGGUAAGCACAAAGUUGGCCCCAACUUAAGCGGACUUUUCGGUAGGAAAACUGGCCAAGCGGCAGGUUUCGCUUAUACCGAUGCUAACAAAGCUAAAGGUAUUACAUGGGGUAAGGAAACCUUAUUCGAAUACCUAGAAAACCCCAAGAAAUACAUCCCUGGUACCAAAAUGGUAUUUGCUGGACUCAAAAAGCCUCAAGAACGUGCUGAUCUCAUUGCCUACCUUGAAGCUUCGACAAAAUAAUUGAAUUAAAAAAAAAAUCUACAAUAAUAGAAUUAUUGUAGAUUUUCCAAAAUUAUUGCUAAUUCAAAAGUAGUAUUUCAAUGUGUACCAGAAAGGACAAGUUUUGAUCAUCGGUGUCGUUGCAUUGUCUUUGUACAAAUUAGCCAAUUUCUUUUUAAUUUUAAGUAUUUAAAUAACAACAAUUAAAUUAUUUUCCCGUUUUUAUUUUUAAGGCAAACAUCAUGUACAAUAUGUAUUAAUUGUUUCAAUGUCCAAUCGGCUGGAAUAAAACAAAAACCGUGUUAUUUAUUGCAA